AUGGUUUUUGGGAUGUGGUCCAUGGUCAGUGGACUCCAUAACCCUGGAUUCAAGAUGAUGCAGAACUUCAUGGCAGUAGGGCGUGCCAGAGGAAAUCAGCACAGGACGUGCGAACAAGGAGGCAGAAAGAAAACUCCAAUAACAACCAAAAAUGUUGAACCAGAAAGAGAACUCUACUUACCAGGAACAAGAUAUAAACCCCAAAGCAAGAGGCCUGACCCCUGCACCGGGGACAGCGCCAUCACUGGUUGGUUACAGUCGUGGAGUGAGCUGGCGGUUUCACUUAUACUUUACUGCAGCACAAUUAUACCUCUUGAAUCGUCUCUCUCUUCAGAAGGGGUGCUUCCUUGCUUGCUUCCUUACUUGCCUCUCUCCCCAAGUAGACGCCUUGGUGCCAACACCAGCUCCGACCAGCGUGGCCACCGGCCGGCCUCGAAGAGUAGGCAGUCGGCCCGGCCAUGCGCCUCCAGCAGCACGCUGCUCUCGCCCCUGGCCUCCCGGCUUGCCAGCAGCUACAGCCCUUUGCUCAGGGCCAUGGGCUCCAGGGCCACUGCGCACAGGAGUCUGGCCGUCAGGCCUGAGGGCGCGCAGCCCAUGACAGCUCCUCGCACUCCCGCAACUUCCAGGAGUUUCACUUUGUGCCAAUGCUCACCGGUGCUCCGCGGUCCGACUCCUCACGCGCUAGCGCAGCAGGGGACCAUGCGGCCUAAGGGAGGGAGAGGAGGCAUCGAGCCAACAGGUGGACGCGACCUCCUGCACGCACGUCGGCUCUUCCUCAAACAGCUGUAAGCAUGUCUCUACAUACGUGUGCAUUGGUUGCAUGUGGAUAUCUAAUAGUUCCAUCACUUCUUGUUGUAAAUAUUGACCUUUCUAAAAUUGAAUUGCCUUUUUACUUUGGUCAAUACAUGUAUGUGUGAGUUUAUUUCCAGACUUUCUAUUCUGUUCCAAUUCAUGAAUAUGUGUAUUCUUUUGUCAAUUCCACUUUGUCUUGAUUAAUAGCUUUAUAUCGUUUUAAACAAGAUAAUAGAAGUCCUCAAAUUGUGUUCUUUGUAUUUUUAAAUUGUUUGGAUCUUUCUAAUACUAUUAUCUUUCCAUAUGAUUUUUAAAUCAAAUUUGAUUUAAAAAAAAAACUGCACUGCUUGGAUUGUCAGGAUUGCAUAGAAUAUAUAGAUUAUUUUAGGGAGAACAAAUAUCUUAAUAAGAUUGACUUUUUUCA